AUGCUGCUGGCCGCGCUCGCGGGCGGCGCGGCGCUGCACGGGAUGCUGGCGCUGAGCGGCGUCGUGCUGGCGGGCGUCGUGGUCCACUGGCGCCUGCGGCGGCAGCGCGCCCGCGCCGAGGAGGCGAUGCUCCUCGCGGCGGGCGCCGCGGCCGCGGCGGCGGACGCGGUGGUGCUGGCGCUGGGGACUGACGGCGCGUGGGAGUCGGAGGGCAUGGACCAGCUGCACAUGCGGCUGCUGGGGCGGCAGAACGAGCUGGUCGAGAGGGUGACCGCGGCCGCCCGGGGCCCGGUGGUGGUGCUGCUGAACGUCGGGAGCCCGAAGGAGCUGCCCUGGCUGGGCGAGGUCCAGGCCGUGCUUCUGGUGCACUUCGGGGGCGAGGAGCUGGCGCCGGCCGUGGCGGACGCGCUGCUGGGCGCGAGCUGCCCCGCCGGGCGCCUGCCCUACUCGUGGCCGCGGCGCCUCGGGGACGCGCCCGCCGUGGCGGCGGGCCCGCAGGCGCCGGGCGAGGCGCGCUACUGCGAGGGCCUGCGCCUGGGCUAUCGCGGCUUCGGCGCCUUCGGCGGAGGCGGGGCGGCGCCGCUGCUGCCCUUCGGGCACGGGUUGUCGUACUCCAGCUUCUCCUACGGCCCCCUGGAGGCCAGCCAGCUGCUGGGCUGCGAGGACCCCGGCGGCCCCAGCGCCGUGGUGAGGCUGGCGGUGGGCAACCGGGGCUCGCGGGCGGGGGCCGAGGUGGUGCAGCUCUACGCGCGGGCGGGGCCGGAGGGCAUGCGGGCCCUGGGCGCCUUCGCGCGGACGCGGGUCCUGGAGCCCGGGGAGGAGGCCGUGGUGCAGCUCGCCGUCGGCCCGCGCGCCCUGGGCACCCGCUUCUGCGAGGAGCGCGGCGCUUGGGAGCAGCCAGCCGCAGGCUCCAGCGUGGCGCUGGAGGUCGGGGCUUCCUCCGCCGACGUGCGGGCGACCGCCGUGCUGGUGCUGACGUGACACGCCCGCACCCUACGCGCCGGACGUCCUCCUGCGCGCUGGGGUCUCGUCAUCAUUGUCUUCCUCGUCGCCGCUCUCCUCCUCUUCCUUUAUCCUCCUUGCUCUUCGCGUCCUCGUCCUCGCCCUUCUACCUGGUCCCUCCUCCCCCUCCCCUCC